AUGGCCCCCAGCCCCUGGGGCUGUGUGUAUGGCCUCCUGCUUCUGUCUCUGUGGGCUGGCUCUGCCCUGGGCCGGGGCCUUCCCAGGCAACUUGAGGACUUGGAACCACACUUGAUCCCAGGAACCCACCCCAAGGGCCCUGUUGGCACAGAGCCCCAGGCCUUUGACUUCUUCUGGGAGAAGCCCAGAGACGAGAGCCCCUGGAACUCCAAUGUCCCCCAGGUCCCAGCUGAGGAGAUGCCUGAGAGGCCUGCAGACUCCCUUGGCCCAGCCCUGCAUGGACCUAAAGCAGCCCAUGGGGCACAGAGAGAAGGACUCCCAGUAACUGAUGACCUCCAGGUGUCUCGAGGGCCAAGUUCUCAGGGCUGGACAGGACCUCCUGACUCACAGGAGCAGGAAGCACCAGCCCUCUAUCCAGUGGGGCCCCCCCACCUCCCUUUCAUCCCCACAACUCCCAGACUCCAACUGGGGCUAGCCACGGUUCUUCCCACCCCAGGGGAGCCUGGAGGCCAAGUGGGACAGCGGCCACCUAGAGAUGAGGGUCUGAUGGCCAAAGCCGAGAUCAGGGUCUCAGAGACAUCCCCCUGGAACCACAAGGGCCCUCCCCAUACUCUUGUGCCCCACCCAGGCACUAUCAUGAGGCCAGGGCUGGAAGAACAGGGUGGGGGUGAGGAGGACUUCCAGGAGGCAGCUCAAGGCCCCCUCUUCACCCAGCAGGAUCCAGCAGCCCCUGAUGUGAGCUCAGUAUCACCAGCUGAGGGGGCAUCCUCUCAGGAGCCUGGGUCCCAGCCAGACCUGGCGUUGGCCAGGAGCCUUCCUCCUGCUGAGGAGCUGCCCAUGGAGCUCCCCAAAAAGGCUGGAGGUGGGGAGACCUGGGAAGUCAGUGUUUCAAGUCCCUCACCCAAACAGACUGACCUCCCUGAUGGUAGGGGCUCACCAGGACCCCAGCCCUCAGGUCUCCCAGCCUCAGAGACUCCUGAUGGGCAGCCCAAGCCAGAGAUAGCAGCAAUGAAUGGAGCAGACCCCAUCUCCCCCCAGCGGGUGAGAGGAGCAGUGGAGGCCCCAGGUACCCCCAAGUCCCUCAUCCCUGGCCCCUCGGACCCUGGCCCAACUACAAACCGAACAGAGAGCCCUGUGGGAGCCCUGCAGCCAGAUGAAGCCGAGGAGUGGCCGGGGCGCCCCCAAAGCCAUCCCCCAGCACCCCCUGUCCAGGCCCCCUCGACGUCACGCCGCGGCCUCAUUCGGGUCACCACGCAGCGCGCCCUGGGCCAGCCACCCCCUCCGGAGCCCUCAGCCAGCUCCAUGGCAUCAGUCCCAGCCUCCAGCCCCCCAGCCAACGCCACCGCACCACCCCUGCGCUGGGGUCCCCUGCGGCGGGUGCUGAGCUUUUCCUGGGAGCUGCACGUCUACGGGGUGGGGUUGCUCUUCCUGCUGCCUGCAUUGUUGGCACUGGCCUCGCUGGCAGCCGGCCCUGCGGGGCCCCGGCUGGCACUGGUGGCGGCGGUGCUGGUGCUGGUGGCGUCGGGGCUGCGAUCCGCCUACAUGCUCACCGACCCUUAUGGCUCGCAGGCACGGCUGGGUUUACGCGCCGGCCUGGUGCUCUACAAUCUGCCCUUCCCCUUGCUACUCACCGCGCUGGCGGCCCUGACCCUGCUCGGCUUGGGCGCGGGGCUGCCACAGCAGCUGCAGAACCCGCUCCUCCUGGGAGCGCUGGCGUUGGCACACGGCGUGGGGCUGCUCGCCACAGACCUACUGUCGGCGAGGCCUGCGCUCAACCUCCUGGUUCAGGGCUUAUCGUGCGCCUGGGGCGCGGCCGUGGCUCUGGGCACGCUUUGCCUGUGCCGCCGCCGCCUGCUGGACGGGCCGAGGGGGUGGGAUGCCAGCCCCGGCCCGAGGCUGCUGGCCGUGGCGGGCGCGCUGGGGCUGCUGGCCAGUGGCUUGCAGCUGGCGGCUGCGCUCUGGCUGUACCCGGGCCCGGGCCGGGUGGGCCGCUUCUCGUGGGCCUGGUGGGGCGUCCACUUCUGGCUGCGCCUGCUGGAGCUGACGUGGGCACUCACAAUGGCGCUGGCCGCUCUGGCCGCCGCGCGACCCAGGCCGCCCACCGAGCACGCUUGCUGGGCUAAGCUGCUGCGCCUGGCGUGCCCCACGCCCUCCGGCAAGAGCGAGGUGCCCGAGCGGCCCAACAACUGCUAUGCGGGGCCCAGCGGCGUCGGCACAGGUACGCUGGACAUCAGCAAGAGCCUCAUCCGCAACCCAGCGGAGGGUGGGCCUCCAGCCACGCCCAAUUCAGGGGCCUGGGGUUCGGCUGCGUCGCUGAGCCGCGGUCCCCUGGAUGGCCCGGGACUGUCCCGCAGCAGCGUGGGGCCGGCGCCGUCGAUGAGCGAGCUGGACCUGCGGCCGCCGUCACCCAUCAACCUGAGCCGCAGCAUCGACGCCGCGCUCUUCCGAGAGCACUUGGUGCGCGAUAGCGUCUUCCGGCGCUGCGGCCUCCGCGGCCUGGCCUCCCCGCCGCCCGGGGGCGCGCUGCGGCCCCGCCGGGGCAGCCACCCCGACGGCGAGCCCGACGGCGCGGGUUCUUCGCUCCUCCGCGGCCGCUGCCGGUCGCUCAGCGACGUGCGCGUGCGCGGCGCAGUCCCACCACACGUAGUGGACGAGCCUGACGCGGCGGCUUCCGGCAGCUCCGCGGACAGCUUCUCCCGGGGCUCCCUCAAGAUCAGCUGGAACCCGUGGCGCCACGGGCUGUCGUCGGUGGACAGUCUGCCCCUGGAUGAGCUGCCCAGCACGGUGCAGCUACUGUCUGCCCCGGCUCCUGCCCGGCCCGGGGAGCCCCCGAGUGGGGCCCAGCCUCACUGCAAGCCCGGGGACUCCCGCAGCGCCUCCAGUGACACCAUCGAGCUCUGA